UUACGUCCCUUCUCGCGAGUGAGCUUGAAACUCCGAUAUUGGCACUCAAAGUCUGAAUUGUGUGUUACUUUGGCGUUAUUGGGUGUUAUGGAGUUAUUGCGUGUUACUUUGGAGUUAUUGGGUAUUAUUGGGUAAUUCGACUUUCCGAGAUAGUGUCCUAUUUUAUUUAGAAGUUGCUCUUCUUUGGUUUCACUUUCGGCUUGGUGGCGCUCCACAAGCUAUAGUUAGAAGUACCAACUACAAGACAGAAGGUUCCUGAAAACCGUGCUUAGUUAGGCCUAAAUAAGCUAACAUCCGAUUUAUUGGAUCUAAUCGGGAUUAAAUAGAAGUGUGAAAAUUAGUUUAAAGCUGUGGUCAGAGGAAAAAAAAAAUCAAAAUGCAUAACAGUGCAGAUCCUGAGAUAGGUGAUGAUGACUUCCAUGACAUGAAUUCCUUUAGUGAUAAGAAUAUAAGAUUAGGUUUUAUUCGUAAAGUAUAUGGAAUACUGUGUGUCCAGUUAAUUGUAACCAUGUGUAUAAUGUCUCUGUUUCUAUUUGUUGAACCGAUAAAAGUUUACUCUGUAAAUAACCCAUGGAUUUGGUAUUUAGCAAUAGUUUUGACAUUUGUAUCGUUGAUAGCAUUAGCCUGCUGUCCUGACGUCAGAAGACAAUAUCCGUUGAACAUGAUUCUACUGAGUGUGUUUACCAUAUGUGAAGGCGUUCUGUUAGGUGCGGUUGCCAGUCAUUAUAAACAAGAUGCAGUUUUAAUGGCUGUCGGAAUAACUGCAGUUGUUGCAUUGGGUUUAACAAUAUUUGCUUUUCAAACUAAGUGGGAUUUUACAAUGAUGGGAGGUAUGCUGUUUGUUUUUGUUAUUGUUCUAUUCUGUUUUGGAAUAAUGGCUGCCAUCAUUCAAGAUCGAAUUGUUACACUGAUUUAUUCAUCAUUAGGGGCUCUCCUCUUCUGUGCGUAUUUGGUAUUCGAUACACAAAUGAUGAUGGGAGGAAAACAUAAAUAUUCUUUAUCUCCUGAGGAAUAUGUUUUUGCAGCACUUAAUCUUUAUUUAGAUAUAAUAAACCUCUUUCUCUUUAUUCUCUCUAUUAUUGGCAAUGCUCGGAACUGAUUGUAGCUUUGUCAUAAAUUUAGUAAAUUUGAGAGCAAGGAAAAUCUGUAUUCAGCUAUAAUCAUUUUUGACAAAACCAAAUAAUUGUUUACAAAUUUUACAAUUAUUUACAUUUUUGGCUGAUUAUAUUGAUUCUAAAAUGGAAUUAUUUCCCCUUUAUAGAAUUAACUAUUAUAAAUUGGUGAUCUGGGCUAGUAUAUAUAUUUGUCCUUAAAUAUUUCUUAUUUGUACAGAAAAUAUGUAGAGUUGAUAAUUGUACAAUUAACCCUUUAUAUCCUGAAUUAUUGUCUCUGGUUUAAGUCCAAUAUGGUGACAGAGAGCAAAAUUUGUGUUGUAAAGGGCUCAGAGUAUGGUAAUAUGUUUAUGUGUAUGCAUAAAGUUCCGUUCGCUGUAGCUAGUUAGGUCACACAGCUAGUUGAAAUCAGAGACAGCAUUGUGAACAGACACUUUGUGUUAGUCUGUGAUGUGGUGUUGGCAUGCUAUUUGCAGAAUACAGAUCAAGGAUGUUUCAAAACGGAUUAUAUGAAAUUCAGAGGCAUGGGAAAUUGCAUACUACUGAAUUAUCCCCAUAUGCCUAUGUUGUAAUUAUAUAAUGUAUGUACAUGUAAUAUCUAAUACACUUCAACAUAACACGCUUCAUUCUACAUAUAUGUUUUAACUGAUAAUGUUCACUCACUCAUGUCAUUAAUUGAUACUGUAAAUAUUCACAAGAUGUACAGAUUUAUAGUUUGAUAGAUAUAGUCUACAUAGAAUUAUUGUUUUUAUUCUACUACAUCAUAAUUUAUCUUUCAAUAUCCUAUUAUUGUAUUUAUAUUCACUUCCUAUCCAAUAUAACUAAAACUUAUUUCAAAUCCUUCACUAUCUAUUGUAAAAAUUAACUCUUUGAAACUUUUACAAAAAAAAAAAUUGUGAAGAUCUAGUCUAAAACAUUUUAAUUAAAACUUGUUCCAUGUAUUCGGUUGCUCACUCUAUUAAUAUUUAUAAAGAUGUUUAAGUCAAGUCUGUUCGGGGCCUGUGAAUAUAGCAUAAUAAUACCUUUGAUCUUGAUUAGACCUGUUCAAAACAUUUCGCAGAAUAUUCUGUACUGAAGGUUCUGAUUGGUAGGUUGAUCUGGAUAUAUUAAGUGAGGGCUCUGGAAUUAAAACAUUUUGUGCACUGAUGUAUUUAUUUUUUAAAUUCAUAAAAUUGUAGUUUGCAAGGAAUUCAUCACUCCUUCAAAUGAGGUUGAGAUUUUAAUUUAUAAAAUAUUAUGAUUAAUAAUUACCGUCAAAUGGUAAAGUGAUCUGAUUUGUUAGCACGUCAAGUAUAAUAUUAACAUAUGAAAGUUAUUCAUUUAUGUAUUUCUUUUUAUCAGGAGUAAAAAUAUCAGAAGAUUUAUUUCUCAGAUUUUGGACAAAAUUAAUUUUUGACUAAAUGCUUUAAUUGGGAUCUGAUAGUUCUAUGUUGCUAUAAAAUGUACAGACGCAUUAAUCAUUCAAAUAUAUUAAGAAUUAUAUGUAAAAUGUACCAAUACUUCAUAUUAAAUGUCACAUAUUGAUAUCAAUGGAAGUUUUGGGUGGGAUAUAAUUGUAAUUUGAAGUAUUAAUUGUAAAUUUGUUAAUUAUA